AUGAAGGGUUUUUUAUUGGUAUUAUUGGGUGUUAUAGCAGCGGUUCAGGGACGAAAUUUUGUGUCUCAAGAAAAUGCAGUAAGCGUACCAUGGUUGGUCCACCUUCGUAUCGCUCGUCCAAGCAGUGGGUUUCUGGACUCUUGUGUGGGAACUUUAUACACUAAUCGGCACGUGAUCACCGCUGCCAGUUGCUUGGUAGAGUACACCCGAGAUAUAAGAGUAUACUCCCGUUAUUUCUGGGUCCGGUAUGACACCCAGAACAUCAUUCAGCCAGGUUACGUGACAGAAGCCACUAAAUCGCAAGCUCACCCCAUAUACAGCCCUGAAACAGGGGUGCAUAACAUUGGGUUCGUCGAAUUAGACAGAGAAAUUCAGUUUUCAGAUAGAAUCCAGCCACUUGGUCUAGCACCUAAUGGUACACCAGCGCCAUCGUCUGGAAAAGUUUGCGGUUAUGGCGAGAAAGAUGGAAAUACGGGCGAAGUCUUGCAGUGCAUGGAAGUAACCGUCUCUGAGUACAAUGGUUUUCUCGUCUCCAAAAGCGAUGGAAAAACAUCAAAGUAUGACUUUGGAGCUGCUUUGGUUUCCGAUAAUAUGGUGCACGGGAUUCUUGUUCGUGAAGCUGAUAGCACCUUUUCUGGAAUUUUCCUCGCAACUGCCAAAUACGCGUCGUGGCUAGAGGAGGCAGUCGCACCCGGUGAGCCCCGAUCAGGUGGUUCCUUUGCUGAUAAAGAAGAAAUUCUUGUGGGAGAGCCUGUUAAUGUUGCUGAAGAAGUCUUUUAA